CGACCCGGAAGUACAGUUGCUGUGUUGAGGCUAGCGCGAUGGAGGGAUCAAAAGUAACAACGUGGAGGACACCGCGGAUGUGUGACGACUACUGGAGUGAGUUCAAGCUCUGCAAAAGUAUAAGUAAUUAUUUCCAUCACUACUACACUUACGGCACCAGCCCAUCCUGCCAGCAGUGGAAAGAAGACUACUAUCACUGCAGAGAGUGGGAGAAACACGGAAGCACAGAGGCCAAGGAAGCAUUGCAGAAAAGUGAGAGGAAGCGAGUGGCAGAGCAAAGAAACUUCACCCCAGUGUGGGAACUGAGGAGGGAGCCUCCUAGAGACUGGCACCUGCCUCUGGACCAGGAAGGACCUCAGGACUCAUGAACUUUCACAUUUACCUUGCUGUCGCUGCUCCAUGCUGCAUUUCACUUCACGGGCAGCCUUUAGAGACGUGUGCUGGACAGACUGGUGAUCAUUCACUGCCGUCACAGGUUGUACUCAGUGAGCUGCUGUCUGUAAACUGAUAUGUACAGUAGGUCUGUUGGCAGCACCUAGUGGUCAGCGAUAUGGAUGACAGCAUCUAUUCAGCCAGUGAUUACAAUAUGAUCUCUGCACAGACAGUACUGCUAGUCGUAAAUAAUUAAUUCUCCAAAGCUUGUGUAAACUGAAGCACAGAGGCUGACUGCACUCAGGAGACUGACUGACUCAAAACAAGUUUUAUAUUCAUAUCCUGGAGCAGCGCAGUGAUGCAGUAGUUCUGGAUUUGACAUCCAUUUAGAGGCUCCAGCUUCCCAUGACUCAAACAAAAACACGGGUAUGGCUAAUGGAUGAAUAUCCUUGUUUUGACAAUAUAUAUAAUUCAUCCAUGUAAUGAGAAAUCUGCCAUGCUUUAUUUUGAUAUGGAUUGAAUUUGAAGCUGCACCAGAGCUAACACGUUGGCCUCAAACAGAGGAAUUGCGACUAAUAAGCCUGUCAGCCUUUCUCUGUGCCUCAGCCGUAUGCUGUAAGUAAUGGUUCUGAUCAGUUAUCUUAUUGAUACACUGACAGAAUGGAGCUGUAUCAUUUCAACUCAUACCCAUGUAGCACUUCUCUGCCUAGUGUAAUUAAUUAUUGAUUUACCCAAAACACAGAAUGUUCAAAAUAAUUCCGAACAAAGUGGAUCAAUAAAAAAAAAAAAGUACA